AUGCUCCUCCUUUGCUUCCCGCUCGCGCUCGUCUCUCUCUCCGCUCCGCGCGACGAAGCGUUCACGCUACCGGCCGAGUGGGCGGGCUCCCUCCUCUUCCUCGACUUUGAGGGCUCCUUCCGCAAGACGACGGCGCACGACUGCGGCUACACGCCCUUCCGCGUGCGACUAGACAACGCAACCUCGCUCCGCCGCCGCCUCGGGAGCGGGGACAGCGCACACACGAUCGCUGUCUUUGUGGACCCGGACAACGGCGACGAGGGCGCACGCUCGCACGGCAGCGGAUGGUGGUACGAGGGCGGCGGCCUCUACCGCUCCGUCGCCCUGCUGCGGGUGCCGCCGCUGCACAUCGAGAGGGACGGCCUCUUCGCCUACUCCAACCUCAGCUGGCGCGCGAGCGGGGGCAUGGAGGAGGAGGGGGAGCAGGAGGGGGAGCAGCCUUCGGGCGGCGUGCUGCACGCGUCGGCGGCCGUCGCCAACGCCGGGUCCUCCGCACAGACGAUCUGUGUCGCCUUCUCCCUCUCCCCGCCCGGCGGUGGGCGUCUCCUCGCCGCCGCGUCGACGGCGGCGGUGUCGGUCCCCCCGGGCGGGCGGGCGACGGUCUCCCUCGCCCUGUCUGUCGCCGAGCCGGAGGUGUGGAGCGCGGCCUCGCCGCACCUGUACACGGUGCACGCCGCCGUGAUGCAAUCCGGCUGCGCCUCCUCCUCCUCCUUCUCCGCCUCCUCCUCCUCCUCCUCCUCCGCCUCCUCCUCCGCCUCCUCCGCCGCCUCCUCCUCCUCCUCCUCCGCCUCCGCCUCCUCCUCCUCCUCCGCCGCCGCUGCCGCCUCGUCGUCGGACGGCGUCGUCGACGCCGUCAGCACGACGCACGGCUUCCGCUCGCUCCGGUAUGACGCCGACGCGGGCUUCUUCCUCAACCAGAGGCAUUUCAAGGUGCGUGGCUUCUGCGACCACAACUCGUUUGCGGUCGUCGGGAUGGCGGUGCCUCCGCGCGUCGACCUCUUCCGCGCGCAGGCGCUGCGCGUCGUCGUGAUGGACGAGAACCGCCUCUUCGCAAACUCGUCCAAGUACGUCGCCAACAUGGGCGCGCUCGUGCGGCGGGACCGCAACCACCCGAGCGUGGUGAUCUGGUCCUUUUGCAAUGAGGCCGGCUGCGAGGGCUGGCGUGAGAGGGGCGGGCCUCGCUUCCAGGAGGUCGCGCACCGGCUGGACGGCUCGCGGCCGACGCUCGCAAACAUGUUCACCUUCGACGACCUUCUCAGCCACACGGUGGACGUGCAGGGCUUCUCGCACCAGUCGCGGCAGAAGCUCGACGCGUGCCACGCGAGGCUGCCCGACAAGCCCAUCUACAUGAGCGAGUGCUGCUCGUGCGAGACGCUGCGCGACAACCCUCACACCGCCUGCACGCAAAAGAGCUUCAACGCGCGCUGUGCCGAGUCCAACACUGCCACCAACGCCUCGGACGGCGCCGCGUACGCCGUCGGCGACAUGGCGUGCGGCACAAUGGUGUGGACGCUGUUUGACUACUACGGCGAGCCGCCAGUCGGGGGCUUCGAGGUCUCCUCCUCGUACGGCCAGCGGCGGCGAGCUGGCACGCACAACGGCGACGUGCACUCCCACCUGCCCAACGACAGCCCGACCUACCCCGCCUACCACGGCCUCGUGCGCGCGGUCGUGCGCGUCACCUCCGCCGCCGGCCGAACCGCCGCCGAGCGCGCCCUCCUCGCCAAGAUCGACGUGCGUGGCCCGCUGGCGGCGGCGGCCCGCGCAGCAGCAGACACCACGGCCACGCCCAUCGUUGUGGAGGCGAGCUCGCCCGGCUUCGCGCCCGCGCGCGUGACCAUCCCGACCUCGACCGACCUGGCCGCCGACGGCGUGAUGGCGGUCGCGGCCGCGGGGGCUGGGAAGUCCGUUCGGAUCUAGUCGCGGCCCGCGGACAAACGGGCGGUUGUGCGGUUCGCCGCCUUAUCAAGGCCGACAAUGCCACCGUGAUGCUGGCAAUCUCCUCGCAUUGGCUCAGAGAGAGGUUGUGUUUUCUGUUUGCGAUAUUGCGUGAUAGCGUGCAACUCCCCU